AUGGAGCUCAGCGACCACCAGGAUACGAGGGCUCGUAAUUCUUCUGAACAAGCCACGACCGUUUGCCUACUUGCAAACGAUCUGAAAGUAAACAACACUCUCACCCAGCUUGAUCUUGGACACAACCGAAUAUCCGAUAAAGGAGGUGAAGCACUAGCAGAAGCACUGAAAGUAAAGAACACUCUCACUCAACUUGAUCUUGCAGAGAACCAAAUAUCCUAUAGAGGAGGUGAAGCACUAGCAGAAGCACUGAAAGUAAACAACACUCUCACUCAACUUGAUCUUACAAGCAAUCAAAUAUCCGUCAGAGGAGGUGAAGCACUAGCAGAAGCACUGAACGUAAACAACACUCUCACUCAACUUGAUCUUUGGAGCAACCGAAUAUCCGAUAGAGGAGGUGAAGCACUAGCAGAAGCACUGAAAGUAAACAACAUUCUCACUCAACCUGAUCUUGCAGAGAACCAAAUAUCCUAUAGAGGAGGUGAAGCACUAGCAGAAGCACUGAAAGUGAACAACACUCUCACUCAACUUGAUCUUACAAGCAAUCAAAUAUCCGAUAGAGGAGGUGAAGCACUAGCAGAAGCACUGAACGUAAACAACACUCUCACUCAACUUGAUCUUUGGAGCAACCGAAUAUCCGAUAGAGGAGGUGAAGCACUAACAGAAGCACUGAAAGUAAACAACACUCUCACUCAACUUGAUCUUGCAGAGAACCAAAUAUCCUAUAGAGGAGGUGAAGCACUAGCAGAAGCACUGAAAGUAAAUAACACUCUCACUCGACUUAAGCUUACCUAAUAUCCGGUAGACUGGGUGAAGCAAUGGGAGAGUCGUUGUCUAGUAUAUUUCAGACGCAGCGUGAUUUUGUUUUUUUGUGGAAGUUUUCCUGUUUCUUUGUGUGUUGUUAUGUGUGAUUAUGGUCUGUGUUUGUUGAAUUGUUCAACAUGAGUUAAAGCGCUGACGACAUACUGGAGUUAUACUAGCUGGACCGAAUUCCCUUCAUUCAGGAUGAGACUCGAAUGAGAGUAGUGCAUUUAUUCAGUUCGUGGGAUGGAGCUAAGAUCUCGAAAGCUAGGUCAGAACUGAUUAGCUCUGGAUCGCGGACUAAUGAUGUUGUUCAGUGGUCAUGAGUAAUGCAGAAGAGCGCAACUUUGGGAAAUAGACUUAUUGCCGGGCGAGUCACUGUUACAGCGUUAUAUGUUAGUACUACAGAAGCAUAUUCGUUGCUUAUAAAACAUAGAAUGUAGGUAACGUUGGUAUUUAAAAAUACAAUUGUAGCUGUUUUUAACAUUACUGCUGUGAAUGUUUCUUCAAUAACAAUGAUGAUAAUAUUGAUUGUGUUGACGAUGUUUCAUGUUCAUUUCGUACUGAUGUUGUCGAUGCUACUGAGUCUCUUGAAUAUCUGACUGUGGUUGAUGAUCUUUGAAAAAAUAUUUCUUGCUAUAUUCUAAAUACAAAAAGAGAACAAAUUCGGUUAAAUAAGUUCAUGAUCGUUCGGUCGACACGGGAUUUCCAUACAACUAAUAAGAACCGGUGCUAAUUCUGGUGCAGUUGUAUCAUAAACGUUAUUGAAAGAACAUACGGGUCCAUUUCGCUUUUGGUGACCAUCGCAUACGACGACACAUGCACAGUUUUUAUCACAGUUUUUUCCUGGAAUCAAAUAAUAAUGUUUCCAAAAGAAAAUGAAAAUUGCAUAUAAUUUAUCAUUCCAAUGUCGAAAUGAAUCUUCACCAACAUCAUGUAUUAAAACACGAAUUCAAAUUCAAAAUCGAAAUAUGUGUAAUGAAAAACAGCUAACCAUCAACAUACAUACACAUGCUCUAUCUGUUUCAUAUUAGAAAUGCCAAAUAAUGUAAAACAUUUUGGAACAUCCAUGAAUUUGAAUGGAUUUAAACAAAAAGCGUUUAAAUUAAUUUCGCCUCCUGAUCAAAUAUGAAACAAAGUCAUGAAACUGCUGCACAAUUAAUUUACAGUCUUGGGUUCGCUUACCCUAGUGAUAUUCCCGUUCCAUUCUUGCUGAAAUCUGAUCGCGAACCCGAUUUUUUCCCGUGUAACGAAAAAAUGCUGACCUUGGCAAAAUAAAAUCGUGAUCUUAUAUUGGAAUCGCGUUCUUCAUCAAGUUCGUUAUGCGAUCCCGUUCCAUUUAUGUUUCAAGACAGUGACGGGAUCGCGGCAGGAUUAUAGCAAGAUCGUGUCUAAUUUGAGACAAGAUCUUGAGGUGAUCUUUUAUUAUUAUAUCAUUCUGUUCCUUAAACUACUACUAGUACAAAUUGAUAGGGUCCUGCACGCUCGUACGAUAAGAAGUCGUUCGAUCUUGACAUAAUAUCGUACUAGGACAUAUGAACUCUCAUUGUAUGUUAUUACAAUAUUUAAACUUUUUAAUUUUAUAUCAAGUAUCCGCAGAAAUUCGCAAGUA